ACGAAAGCAAAAUCGAAAGGGAUGUGCAAACAAACGAAAGUACAAUACUCUGCCGGCCGCCGUACUCGAGUACACGUGUCCUGACCUCUUCCCGGCGCUGCCAUCUCUUCUCCGCUCCUACGACAUGGAUAAUCUCACCGUCCAGAACGUCUCUCAGCUAUCUCUUCCCCCCCAUUCCUCCUUAUUGACUUUGAGCACAUUCAUGAAAUUGGCCCGCUUCUUGAAACGGGAAAUACAGAUGUACCACAGAUAUCAGUGCUCAAAUAAUGCCCUGAACAGCCUCCCCGUUCACGUCAAGGACUUCUUAUCAACAAGCCUGGCCAUACAACCUGAAGAUACGGAGAAGCUGUGGUUAUCCUUGAGGGAGUUGGUUUGGAAUGACCAAGAAAGGCCGUUAGACAACACAGACAAGGCAAAAUUCGAACGGUUUGGAAAGGAGGUCCGGAACUCACCUCAACACCAUCUGGGGCCCAUUAUGUACUAUCCCCCUUGUUUUUCGUGUCUCAAAUGUGGACGUAUCCUUCAUAAAAUAUCCCGCGUAGAAGUCGUUCUUUUCACAAUCCAAGGCACCAAGACUGCAUAUUCAACAUCCCUUCGCUGCCCGUCCUGCCCAAUUCGAUUCUACCCUCAGUACUACAUUGACAAGAAAGAAGCCCGCCGGCACUAUUACUCUACGGCGGUGCCAGAUGUGAUCCAGCUUGAACAGCAUGCCUACAUCGAAACGGCGUUGUGCGAGUUGAUGACCAUGUGGAUGUUGUUUGCAUGGGUUUCGUCGCAGAAUUGUGCCAACAUCUACAAUCAUGGCAUGAACAGUUCUCAUGCCUGGACAGACAGUCAGUUCACGCUCACUUCUGAGCAGGUAUGGCGGGGCUUUGUACUCAAUGCGAUGUUCCGCCACUCUUCCGAAUCCGGGGCCCACUGGUCAAUGUCUGAUGCUAAAGGCAUUGACCACGACUUACGCUUAAAGGAACUGCAGUGUACUCGCAAUGAACACAUGGACCGCAAUGGACAGUCUGAGCGUCUUCACGCUUGUAGCAUUUGCGAAAAAUUUAUUCCUUCAGAUAUUCCGAACGCUUACAAGGGUCUUCGUCGGCUUCGUGCUGUCGUUACGGAUGGUGUUACUAUUGGAAGGCCAUGCUGUAAGGUUCAUAACUGCACCCACCCUCUCAUCAAUAAUCGUUCGCACUACUGUCAGUUUCAUAAUAAUGUCCUUCGGGACAACUGUGUUGUUACUAGCUGUACCAACAAGGUACGAGUUGGUUGCCGAACCUGUUCUAUUCCAGAACAUGUUGCAUUGGAAGACUACCGAAACUUGAAAGGGAAGGGAUUUUUCCUUCUCCAGAAGCGACUCCAACAAACGGGGUCUCGGUUCACAGGGGACUCUCUAUCAGCAUCUCCUAUAGACGAUGACGAUGAAGCGGAAGUUGAACUUGGUUUGGACCGAGUAAAGAAAGCAGAGGAAGGAAAUGUUAAUAUGAAGGCUAGAUUUGGAAGACGGCGUACUCACAAUGAGCAACUUGUUGUCUGUACAUGUGGAGUCAUUGCAGCCCGAGCGACGAUGUUUGGUGCUGAAGCGAUUUCUGGCGUAAAGGAUUUUAUGAAAUCAACAUAUCCUGAUCCAAAGGAGCUUCCCGAUGUUAUAUUCUAUGAUAACAACUGCAGUCUUCAAAGUCAUCUUCUUGCGGGGAAUGACAACUACUUCGAAAAUGUCAUUCUCCCUGUUGACGUAUUCCACUUUAAAUCAAAACACUCGGAAUCUGAUGCAUUUUGCCAACAGCAUUGUAAUCCGGCGCAGUGGGCAGAGUUGGUGGGAGAGGAUGGAAAAUGGGUAUUCAAUUCUUCUAUCGCAGAGCAAACAAAUGUCUGGAUUGGAGGGUAUCAGGCUAUUGUCCGCGAUAUGCUGGCCCACAACUAUGAUUUUUUUCUCGAUGAAAUGAUCAAGAGACGUAAUCAGAUUCUUGUUGCAAAGCUGCGGCGUACUGCUAAUUAUCCUUAUCAUGUACCCCCUGGUCAUCUACUUUAAGCCCGUAGUUCAUAAAAAUAUGUAGUCUCUUGGCAAU